AGUCGAACCAAAACUGGCUCGUGCUUUGCUUCGCUGUCUCCAAGGACUUUGGCUUCACAGAUUAAGACAUAUCAGAUGAACAGGAAGUUUUGUUUAUUGGAGCAGUGACCACAACAGAAGAGCAGAGAGGGACUUUCCAAUAUAUUAGCAGUCUUCAGACUGAGCCACACAGUCAGAAGUGACAGAACAAAUUGGUGCCGACGAAGCCGCUUCUGCUUGGAGACAGUCUCAAGAAAGAAAGGAUGCAGGCAUCGCAGGCAAUUCCUGAUAGCAUUGGGACUGGGGAAGUGGCUGGAGUUUGCUAGGGUCACCUUUAAUCAGACCAGAAGAGUACAGCAGAUUCCAUUCCUGAAGGAUUUCAGUAAACCAGAAUUUUUUAUUACCUAAAUUGGCAUUUUAGAGCUGACAAAUCUGUAACCGAAGAUCUCCAAUAUGUUCCUUUUACCUGCUUAUCUUGCAAUCCAUCUUGCAUUCUCCAUUGGAUCGAGUAAUAAGACCCCAGACCUCCUGGCAAAUCUGAAUCAUCUAAAUCCACCGACAGACCUUAAGAUUGUCGAUAAACAGUUUGGAGAAUUUGAAUUUUUCUGGAAUAGCAACCUUACUGAAGACCUACUGGCUAAUUAUCAAGUUAAAUAUGUAUUUCAGAGUAGAUACGACGACGUGGGCGUAUGGGAAAAUGGCGCCAGACUACCACAAUCACAACAUGAUAGCACAUUUGAGCUACACAGGGGUGUUUCUAUAAGAAUUAAAAAUGUGCUCCUAAGUAACGGAAACGUGUGCAGAGAAAGCAACUGGACUGAAAAGGUGAUACAGUCACCAGGCAAUCCAGAAACAUUAGCAGCCUACUUUUCAUGUGUUUUGUAUAAUCACUCACGCAUGAAUUGUACAUGGCGCCCUGGCAGCAAACUCCCGAUCGGCUCACAAUACAGAAUGUAUUACAAAUAUUUUGGCAACACCAAGGAAUGUGCUCACUACUUUACAGACUUGCAGGGGAGACAAGGCUGCCAUAUUGAUGAACUACCCAUUCCCAAUGAUGACCCAGAUGAGCAUGUGCUAAUAUGUGUCAACGGGUCGAAUAAUUCUCCAUCAAUUUCGCCGUAUUACGUGAAGCUUGAUACACAACUGUUUGAGAAGUACAAUCCACCGUGCAAUGUUAAGAUUUUUCCAAAUCUGACUGUUGUGUGGGACAAGCCUCCAGGCUAUUCUAUCGCUGAUCAUUGCUUUGAAUAUCAAUUGCAACUCACGGAAUUGGCUGGGAAUAAUAUUGAGUCGUUCUAUGUGCAAGCUGUUACUAAAUAUAUUCUAAAUAUCAACUUAUCAAAACGUUACUCAGUGAAAGUGCGAACAAAGAUGAAGUUGUGCAAGGAGACCAAGUAUUGGAGUGAAUGGAGCGAUGAAGUAUUUAUUGAACCCAAGAAGUUAUUUAAUGGAUGGGUCGUGACAACUGUAUUGAUCAUGAUUGCUGCAAUGAUGAUACUGCUUCUGAGCUUAAUUUUCAGAAGGUACAAAGACUUUAUAUUCAGACGAGUUCCUGAUCCUCAGAAGAAUUUCAAAGAAUUGUUUGAGGAAUACAAUGGUGAUUUUCAGAAAUGGAUUGGCUGUCAGAUACCAGCUUCUAAAUAUGAAGAAUGUGCAACAGUUGUCAUUGAAGAACGCACAAGACCUGAAUCACAAGUUAAGAAAUAUUCUUCCAUCACAAAAGACCUCUUCACAGCUGAAGAUUAUCGUCAUUCCACGGGUAAAGCUGUGGGCCAGAUUUCUUAAUUACCAACUUCUCUUGCUUAAUAUAACCCUGAAACAGGGUUUUAACCAGAAGUCUCAAAAAUUCCUUUCUCCCUACAUAUGCUACUUGACCACUGAGUUCCUUCAGCAGAUUAUUUAUUUCCUCGUCAAUAUCAUCUUUAUUUAUUUGUACCAUGUACAUUGAAGCAUACAGUGAAAUGCAUCAUUUGCAUUACAUCAAAUCAGCAAAUAUUGUACUGGGCUUUAAGCAGCAACAGAGAAAAUAUAGAAUGCCCAUGACUCACUAACCCUAAUCCAUGUGUCUUUGGAAUGUGGGAGGAAACGUGGAACAACUGGGGGAAGCCCACAUCGUCACAGGGAGAAUAUACAAACUCUUUAAAGACAGUGGCAGGAUUUGAACACCUAUCAGUGAUUGCUUGUGAUAUAACAUGAUUCACUGAUGGCAACGUUACCAUGCCAAUUGUCAUUGUCAGUAAAUAUUCCUCAUGACCAAGAUUGCCGAGCUGAAACAUUAACGUGGAUUGCUGAGUAAUUUCAGUGUUACUGAUUUUAUUACAAAUGAUUCAAUUUAGGUCUCUGAGAGCAAUAAAAGUAAACAGAGAAGUUAUUUCAAAUUUCAUCAUCUGUAUUUGUCGAAACUGAGCCUCCUCAUUCCUUUAGAUAAGACUUUUCUGCUUGCUCCCUUUUGUUGAUAUACCCACAGAUGGAUAAUGACUGAUCAACAAUGUAUCAUACCAAAUAAUAUUUUGUUCUAUAUACAGAGCAUGCAUUGCUUCAUGACUGUGAAAAUAGAUAGGGAAUUAUUGAAAAAAAAUAAUAAGCGUAUAGUUCUAACUAUUUUUAAAUCUUUACUGAGAGUUUUAUGUUUUUAUAUGGUAUGAAAUGUAAGAUUUUAUUGAAGGAAAAUAAUUCAGUUGGUCUAGCAUUUCUUGCGAGAAACUAUUGGGGUUCAUAGCUGGAGGUAAGCAUACUGUAAGAUUUCAACUGCUCAGGGAGUGUUAGCAUGGAUUUCUGAAGAGAAGGUCACGCCCAUGAACCCAAAUAGGCUUUUUGACAUGGGAUUCUGUGGAUAUUACAUAGACUGCUUCAAUUCCCUCACAAGAGAUCAAUAAGUCAUGCAAUUAAAAGCAAAUCAUUUGCCUGGUUAGGGGAUUAGCUCAGCAGGGGGGAAAAUGGGUGAUUUAAUUGAAAUCCACACUUACCAGUUGUGACCAGUGGUAUUCCAUGCUGAUUUGUGCAGGAACCUCAAUUAAUCGCUUUUUUAUUAUCAGCUUAUCAACAGGCUAGGCAGACACAUAUACAAUGUUGCUUUAACAUAAAUGUUGUCUUCAAGAAUUAUUGGACUGUGGCAUGAUUCCAGAGGACUGGAAAAUUGCAAAUAUUACUCCAUUCUUGAAGAAAGAUGCAAAUUUAUAGACCAGUUAUCCUGACCUCAGUGGUUGGGAAGAUGUUGGAGUCAAUUGAUUUAGAUGGGGUUAUGGAGCACGUGGUGACACAAGACAAAAUAGGACAAAGUCAGCAUGGUUUUCCUUAAGGGAAAAUCUUGCCUGACGACCCUGUUGGAAUUCUUUGAGGAGAUUAUAAGUAGGAUAGAUAACAAGGAUGCAAUGGAUGUUGUAUACUUGGAUUUCCAGAAGGCAUUUGACAAGGUGCCACAUGUGAGACUGGUUACCAAGUUACAGGGAAGUUACUAGCAUGGUUAGAACAUUAGUAGGAGGCAGCGAGAGAGAAUAAAAGGUUCCUUUUCUGAUUGGCUGCCAGUGACUAGUGGUGUUCCAUGGGGGUCAGUGUUGGGUGUGCUUCUUUUUAAGCUAUAUAUCAAUGAUUUAGAUGAUGGAAUAGAUAGCUUUGUUGCCAAACCAGGGAUCUGUUAAUUUUAAUGAGACGAUCAAAUAUCAAUUUGAAUGAAGUCUUCAAUUUGGUAAGCAGAAAGAGAGAAAAAUAUUUCCAGUGGUUGGGGAAUGAAGUGAAUGGGUUACCCUUUUAAAAAUAAGAGAGCUUUCAGAGAUAACAAUAGGAAGCAGCUGGACACAAUAGGGAGGUGGAAUUGUCUACCACAAAUAGCUUGAUAUUGAAUUUUAAUUCUGAGAUUAAUAAAUUUGUUGACCUAAGGUAUCCAGCACAAAAUGCUGGAGAAACUCAGCUGGUCAGGCUGAGAGGAAUACACAGUUGACGUUUCGGUCCAAGACCCUUCAUCGGGUCUCUUUUUCCUCCCUUUCCAUAGAUGCUGGCUGACCUGCUGAGUUCCUCCAGCAUUUUGUGUGUGUUGCUCUGGAUUUUCAGCACCUUCAGAAUCUCUGCACUCAGAAGUAUUUACCACUCUGGAUAGAGUCACUGAUGAGCCUGCAUCUCUUAAUUGGCAGGACAGAUUUUUAGAGCUAAAAGUCUUCUCCCGCUACUAUAAGUUAUUAUACAAUGAAUUAUUGUCCAGUAAUUUGUUGAUUACAUCACCAGUUUGAUCACCAAUCAGAGAAUGGUAGGGACAGAAUUGACCAAUGGGUGAAUCACAUCUAUAUCAUGUGUACCUUAUAAUCAUAAACAGAAACAGUAUGGUGCACUGAAUUGGGGUGGGGUCACUGGUAUAAAUCAUGUUUACUAGAUGAAACAACUCCCUGCUACUUCCAUUUCAGUAGGUCAUGAAUGAGUUCAAUUUGAAAGCAUGAAGACAUAUUUCUUUUCAUAUUUGUGCAUAUGACAUCAUUUGAUACCAAUGCACUUUGACCUUACCACAUAAAAGCUCUAUAUUAAUCCGUACUCAAGUUUAUUAUUGGCUUUUCAUUUCAGAAAGAGAGUUUACUUGUCAAAAAUGAUAAUAUGUAUCCUUAAUAAAAUGGACUUAAAUUGUCUUAUAUUAUCUGUAAUUUUCUAAUAGCUAUAUUUGAUAUGAAGUGAGCUGUUAAAUUUACUAGACACAGUGUUUAAUUUUUUUUCUACAAUGUUGCAAUUACUUUUAAGGAAAAUUGUACCAUCAUAGCUUUCUUGGACAUUGCACUUGAUUUUUUUUUUCCUAUGGUAACAUACUCAUUAAGAUAGUAGACUAGCCAGUUAGCCUAUCAUGUGGCAGCAACUCAAUGCAUUAAAGCAUGAGUCUCGGCACCAGCAAAGGACCGCAGGUAGGCAAUGGGGAGUUUUCCACUGCAUUAAAAAUUAUUGUCACUUUUGCUUUCUUUUUUUUUUCAUUAAAUGGCUUUUGGAAUCUGCAAUUGAAGAUGUAUAAAAGCAGUGCAAAUCUAUGGAUGAUUUGGGAAGAAGAAAUUCUCAGUAAUUUCUGAAAAUGUCAUAAUGCAUUAAAUAAAUGUUUUCUCAAAAGCUGA